CCGGGAAAGAAGAAGGGGAAGGCGGCAGCGGCGGCUCCAGCUGUGUUACGCUGCCCGGGCUCCGUCGGCAUGGAGGUCCCCGCCGUUAACCUGAAGGCCAUUGUCCUGGUUCACUGGCUGCUGACCAUAUGGGGCUGCAUGGUGCAAUGGCUGCCAAGCACCUACGCCUGGAGCAACUUCACCAUUCUCGCCCUGGGCGUCUGGGCGAUCGCUCAGAGGGAUUCGGUUGAUGCCAUCUUCAUGUUCCUCACCGGCCUGCUGCUCACCAUCCUGACGGACAUUGUCCACUUCAGCCUCUACUACCAGCGCUCGGAGAAGUGGCUGACCGACACCGUGCGCUUCUGCACCGGCAUGGCCAUUUUCAGCCUGCUCCUCAAGCCGUUGUCCUGCUUCUUCGCCUACCAGAUGUACCGAGAGCGGGGCGGGGAGUACGCCCUGAGCCUAGGUGUGCUCGGCGUCAGCCAGGAUACUAGUGCCUACCAGUCCAUUGACACGCCAGGCCCACCACGCCCGUACCCCGACGUGGCCAGCAAAGUCACCCAGCCACUCCCUUACUGAUGCCCGCUUGGGGGGCCGAAGAGGCCGACCGCUCUCCACACCGUCUUUGGAAAGCAGCUGGGGCCCUCCCUCCCUGUACACUGUUCCUGCUGGAGGGAAAGUUUUUUUUCUGGACAAAAGUCUGGCAGCCCUCUCCGACCCAGCAUAGAACUGCCAGCCGCUUGGAAAAUUGCGGUGUUUUAAAGUGUGAAUAUCCCCGGGGUCCCUCCAGCUUUAAUUCCCCUGCCUUGUGGGAUGCAGUUGCUGAUAGUUUCUAAAUCAGGGCAAAGGGAUGGUGCGCCACCCUGGAAUUCUUUGCACAGACUUCGCUGCCUUAAAGGGGUGCUUUUAAUGAUGCAAGGGGUGCCUGUUUCAAGCACAACUUUUCUGCGGCGGUGUCCAGCCCUGUUUGGAUGUCGGCGCAUGGAAUUUGUGGCCAACCUGGCCUGGCUGGUGUUUGCAGAAGACGGAUGUUGGAGGGAUGGACAGAUGGCUACCGAGGGCGGUAGCAGGAGGCGGUGAACUUCUCCCCGAGCACUGCCUUGGACAACGGCUUCUCUGCCCAUGAGCCACCACUGUGCCUUCACAUUCUUUUCCCUGGGCUUUGAUUUUCAAGGUGCCUGAGAAUUAAGAUGGUUUUUAAUAAAAUGUUUCUCAACCCA